GUGCACUCAUGUAGGGCGUAUAGAGUUGUUUGGGAUUUACCUUGGGUGUCAAUAAUUUGCUAGCAAACCUGAAUAUUGUCAAUACACGAACAGCAAUGUGUUCAAAAUAAAUGGACACAAUCACAGAAAAUGCUGACGAUCUGCAGCGACAGGUUGAAGAAAUCGAAGCGCUUUCCUCUAUUUAUGGGGAUGAGUGGUGUGUGAUAGACCAGGCGUCCAGGGUCUUUUGCAUCAAAAUAUCAGAUGACAUUUCUGAACCGAAAUGUUCUGUUUGUUUACAGAUCAUACUGCCUGAAGACUACCCAAGCUCCUCGCCUCCAAUAUACCAGAUCAAUGCUGUGUGGUUAAGAGGUCCAGACAGAAUCACACUGUCAAACAGCCUCGAGGAACUCUAUCUGGAAAAUCCUGGAGAAAGCAUCCUAUACCUGUGGGUGGAGAAAAUUCGAGAGUUCCUGGUAGACAGAUCGCAAAAUGCAAAUGCAGCAGAGGGACUGGAGCUAUGGCAUGCAAAGAAGACAGAAGAACAACAUGACGACUGGGAUGAGGCUGAAGUUCCAGAUUAUGGUGUCCUGAGGCUCAGCACUGAACAGACGCACCUUGUCUCCGUCUUCUCCUCAGUAGACUCAGAUGAGGAACUCCCAGUGAUUAAACAUGGCGAGGCAAUCACAGACAGACGCAGCACAUUCCAGCCUCAUUUAGCUCUCGUAGUGACACCUAAACAGGUCCAGAAGGUGCUAGACAAACUGUAUGAAAACAAGAAAAUUGCAAGUGCCACCCACAACAUAUACGCAUACAGGAUAUACUGCGAAGACAAAAACACAUUCCUCCAGGAUUGUGAGGACGAUGGAGAGACGGCUGCUGGUGGGAGACUGCUUCAUCUACUGCAGAUUCUGGAUGUGAGGAACGUGCUAGUGGUGGUGUCACGAUGGUAUGGUGGUAUCCUGCUCGGCCCUGACCGCUUCAAACACAUCAACAACUGCGCUAGGAACAUCCUCGUCCAAGAGGGGUACACUGAAAUUUCGGAUGAAGCAUCAAAACCAGGGGGAAAGAGCAAGAAGCCCAAAAGCAAGAAGAUGAAGUGAAGUCGUGUGUAUGUGUGUACCUCAGUGUUUAGUGUCUCAGGGAUGUGUGUGUCACCAGGCAGGUGUGAGUGGAAAAGGAGAUAAACCUUUAAAACAGCAGAAGAAAAAAAGCCUUUAUUGAAGUAUGACAACAAUUACAUUGACAGUUUUGUAACAUAAAUUUGUCAAAUUUGUCAACAUUAAAAUAUUGUAUGUGAAAACUGAAUUUAUAUCAUUUGUCUUUUAGAAUUAAAACUGCCCAAGGACAUUCCUGCAGGCUUCAUGA